AAUCAUUCUUUCCCCCUCACCGCCACCCUCCCGCCCUUCCCCUCCCCUUCCCCUUCCCCUGCACUGAAUGAAUGGGAGAGUCUCCAGGGUUUUCUUCUGCUUCUCGCCCUGGAGUGGAGAAGUGAGGGGACAUCUCUCUAUCCUCAUCCAUCUCAAUCUCGCUCCAUCCAUUCCCGAGAGGAUUUCAGACGGUGCAAUGUGUUUUCAGCCUCUUGAUGUUGCUACCACUUGAUACUAUGCUACGCACGGGGAGAGGGCUUUGCAAAAAUGGAUUUGUUCGAUUUUAAAGGAUUUCUUCUCUAAUAAGGAUCGCAUUGCACACAAAUAUGACUAAAUCCCCUAUUUGGUAAAUCUUUCUUCCCCCCACCCCUCCUCUUUGGGUUCCCUCCUGCCCGCCCCCACCCCUUCAGAGGAGCAAGCACAGGGAGCUGAUGACGGACCCAUUAAUCCCUUCUUCAAUGCAUCAAAAGAAGCCGAAGGGCUGGAAGUCGCUGGGCUCGGAGUCCUGCAGGAAAUGCUUCCAUCUGCUUUUGGUUUUGUACGAAACUGGUGACUAGGGGCUCAGCUCGCCCCGCCGCCGCCGCCCGCCGGCACCUGGAUGCGCGGGCCGCCGCCGCCGCCGCCGCCUUGCCCGCCGCCGCGAUGCAACGCUCAUGGUGGUGCUGAUGGUAGCUCGGGUGUUAUGGGAUUGAGCCGGCAGUGAUUAUUUGAAGGCGGUGAGGGAGAGCGGGCGAGAGGAAAGGCUGCUCCGCUCUGCUGUGUGUGGGCUUCGGGAUAUUUUUUUUUUUUUCUUUUCUUCUUUUCCUACUUCCAUCCUCUCCCCGCCACUGGAAGUCCUCCCGUAUCUAAAUGGAAUUAGUGGAGACCGAAGCCCCUUGUGUAAGGAACAGACAUGACCCAUGGGCGCAGCUUCUUUCACAUUGUAGCAAGUCUAAUCAUUCUACAUUUGUCUGGGGCAACCAAAAAAGGAACAGAAAAGCAAAAUACUUCCGAAGGACAGAAACCAGUGCAGUGUGGAACUUGGACAAAAUAUGCAGAAGGAGGCAUCUUCACUUCACCCAAUUACCCCAACAAGUAUCCUCCUGACAGAGAGUGCGUCUACAUUAUAGAAGCUGCCCCUAGACAAUGCAUUGAACUGCACUUUGAUGAAAAAUAUUCCAUAGAGCCUUCUUGGGAGUGUAAAUUUGACCAUAUUGAAGUACGAGAUGGACCUUUUGGCUUUUCCCCAAUCAUUGGACGUUUCUGUGGACAGCAAAAUCCACCUAUGAUAAAAUCCAGUGGCAGAUUCCUAUGGAUUAAAUUUUUUUCUGAUGGUGAGCUGGAAUCUAUUGGGUUUUCUGCUCGGUAUAAUUUUACACCUGAUCCGGAUUUUAAGGACCUUGGCGUUUUGAAACCAUUACCAGUUUGUGAGUUUGAGAUGGGAGGACCUGAAGGAAUUGUGGAAUCGAUACAAAUAGUCAAAGAAGGAAAAGCUUCUGAAACUGAAGCAGUAGACUGUAAAUGGUACAUCCGAGCACCACCUCGAUCCAAGAUCUAUUUGCGAUUCUUGGACUACGAGAUGCAGAAUUCUAAUGAAUGUAAAAGGAAUUUCGUAGCUGUCUAUGACGGAAGCAGCUCUGUGGAGGAUUUGAAAGCGAAGUUUUGCAGCACUGUUGCUAAUGAUGUAAUGCUGAGGACAGGUCUCGGUGUAAUCCGCAUGUGGGCAGAUGAAGGCAGUCGAAGCAGCCGAUUCCAGAUGCUCUUCACAUCUUUCCAAGAACCCCCUUGUGAAGCCAACACAUUCUUUUGCCACAGUAAUAUGUGUAUUAAUAAUACAUUGGUCUGCAAUGGACUCCAGAAUUGUGUGUAUCCUUGGGAUGAAAAUCACUGCAAAGAAAAAAGAAAAGCUAACCUAUUGGACCAGCUUACCAAUACCAGUGGGACUAUAAUUGGGGUGUCUUCUUGCAUUGUGAUCAUCCUCAUUGUUAUCUCUGUUAUAGUACAGAUCAAGCAGCCUCGUAAAAAAUUUGUCCAAAGGAAAACAGACUUUGAUCAAACAGUGUUCCAGGAGGUGUUUGAACCUCCUCAUUAUGAGUUAUGCACCCUCAGAGGGACAGGGACUACAGCUGACCUUGCUGAUGUUGCAGAUGACUUUGAAAAUUACCAUAAACUGCGGAGAUCAUCUUCAAAAUGCAUUCAUGACCAUCACUGUGGAUCACAAGUGUCUAGCAUUAAGGGCAGCCGUAGUAACCUCAGCACAAGAGAUGCUUCUGUCUUGACAGAAAUACAACCCCAGCCUGUAAAACCACUCAUUCAGCCCAUAAACAGGAGAAAUAUCCUUGUCAUGAAGCAUAGCUACUCACAAGAUGCUGCAGAUGCGUGUGAGAUAGACGAAAUUGAAGAGGUACCAACCACAAGUCACAGGCUGUCCAGACAUGAUAAAGCUGUUCAGCGGUUCUGCCUCAUUGGGUCUCUAAGCAAACAUGAGUCUGAGUACAACACAACUAGGGUCUAAGAGACAGACUUGAGACUGCUUGAGAAUAGUGCGCUCCUGGGUGAUUUUGAACAUGCUACAAUGAAAUGUGAAACUAUCGUCCUUGGAAACACCAGCUAGAGGUUUUAUGGACUCUCUGACCAGCUAUUCUCAUAUCAUGACAAAAUUCAGCAAACAGUGUUGAGUAAAAUUGCUAGAAGGUGAUAAGACUUUGGUUAUUAUGCUUAUUGGUCAUUUCUCUUUUUCUUUUUUCUCUCUUCUUUUUGUUGCAAGUUAAAUUCCCAGUUUCAGGAACAAUUUAUUGAAAUCAGGUAUUUAGCCGUUCAUAGUCACUUCAAUAGAAAUGUUUGUUGGACAAGCAUCUAGCAAUAUGACUGAAUUUGACAUUGAGAAAAUAAUCUGCAUGUAUGUUAUUGAAUAUUUGAGUUGGAAAAAAUCCCUUUAUUAGAUGCAUUGUAAAAAGCAUGCAUUCACAAUUAUUGCUGUUACUGUUCCAUUUCUGUGUCAUAUGCUUGCUACUUGUAACUUUUUAUAUAAAGAUACAUAAAACAAUGUAUAAUAAUUUCUUACCUUGAGUUUAAUGGCAAUGUUUUCUUUUACCAAAUUUAUAAAUCUUGUGUAAUUCGGGAGAUUCAGCUCAAAAUGUAGCUUCUAGGAACAUGAAACCUAGACAUGUCAGAGAAUCGCUUGUUAAAAAGCAAAAUACAUUAAUAUCUCAAGAUUUAAAUGAAUUCAUAAUACAAAAUCUUGAUCACAUAAUUUCAGUUAAAAUGCUUGUGAUAACCUUUAUGUUCAGUUCUGCACUUUUGCCAAAUUUAUUUCCAUGGCAAUUAUUAGGAAGUUUGUUUCAGUGUAGCACAGUAGCAAAUUUUUAUCGGUUAUACAAACAUUAUGGCACACAUAGAGAUACAGAUAUAAACCACUUCCUUGUGCAAGAUAAAAUGAUAUUCAUAAUUCAAGCUAUAAACAUUAGUAACCAGCACCAAAAUCAAACCUGAGAGGUUAAGUUAUUAAGGAAAUAUUGUAGACUAAAAAGCCACAAUUAUGUAAAGUUGAAAACUCCCUCAUUUAAGAAGUCAAUAACCAUGUUUAAUAUCAUAGUUUUGUUAUCUAUUUAAAGAAUUAUCUUCAAAAUUCUGUUUCAUAACAAAUCCCAGUUCCUUCCUAAACAUAUCAUGUCAUUCAUAGUUGUUAGUUUUUUCUGUAUAAAAAAAUUUGCUAGUUUUAUUGAAAAAGUGGGAAGAAUUCCAUGGAUCUUCCCAACGUAUAAAAAGAUGGCAAAAGAGAAAACCUGAAAGACUGAUGUAAAAAAAAAAAGGUGAAAUGUAUAAACUAUUUAAAUAUAUAGUUAUUUACAUAACUAAAACCACUAGAAAUCUGUUUUCUACAAAACAAUUUCUAUGAAUGUCAUUUAAGAAUCACAAAGAAGAAGGAUUGUUUCAGGUAUUUUACCUCCUUUUUUGGUACACCAUAUUUGCAAUGUAUUUUACAUAAUUGAUUUUAGCUUGAUUAAUUUGUUUGUUAUCAUAUAUUAGCUGCCAAAAUCAGUACUCCCUUCUUUGCAGUCAUUGAGAGUCAUUGAGUCAUCUCUCAAUUACAUGGAUUUUUAGCAUGCACAAAUAAUUCAUUCCCAGAUCAAUAUCUCUUUCCAAGUUCAUAUAUUUUAUCAUUGCUAUUUUUCUUAAUCUUUCUACAUCCUAUCUCAUGAUCCUUUCUUAAGUAUAUUUUGUUAAGAUAUUUGCCACAUCUAUGCUUAAAAUGGAUGCAUAUACAUGCAUCCAUUAUAAAAUCAAGGAAGAAUGAAAUACUUGCUGAAAGAAAUGCAUAUACAUGCACACACAUUUAUGUAUAUUUAUAAAUAUUUGCUAAUGGAGAUAGUGUAUAAAUAAAUACAUAAGGAGAAAUCUAAAUAUAGGAAUUUAGCUUUGAAUGAAUUAUAUUUGUCAUCUAGAAAAAUGCUGAAGCCUUCGAUUUCAAAGUUGCUAUAUAUUUAAGUGCCUAAAUCCCACUGAACCAUAGAGUUGGUCUAGUCCCUCCUAGACAUGCACACAAUGAAAUCAAUUUCAUUAUUUUUCCAGUGAUGCAAGUGUUGACUGAGAGAACUGAAUUGGAGAAGACAUGGAUAUUAAUGAUCAUGCUGCAUGCACAUCCUUGCUUUUUGAAAAAAAAAACCCACCCAAUUGAGUGAGGGAAAAUUAGUAAGAAACAUAAAAUGAAAUGUGUAAAUAGAGCAGGUCAAAGUAAAAAUGUUAAUACUUACUUGAUCAUGGAAACGUCUUUAGAAACAUGUUGUCUAAUAAUUAGGUAUACCCUUAAACAAAAACCCAUUGUAAGUCACAAAGUAGGUGUAUACUGAGGGAACAGGGUCAAAUUAUAAAAUUAUCCAUUAAAAAAAUAAACAACUAUAGAUUAAAGCCCAAUUAAAAAAAUAUAAUUGAAAUAUUUAAUUUUAAGUAAUUAUAUUCUGCAUAUAGAUGGUGUAAAUAAUACCCUAGUCCACUAUAAUGCUAACAGUAAAGAUAACUUCUGUUUGGUAUCACACAAUAGUAGGAUAUCUUAAUGUAAUCUAUAAAACUCAAACUAUUAAAAUAAAAGGGGUUGUUGCUGAAAGUAAACAGUUUGCUUUUCCUAUGAGUAUUUUUUAUUAUUUUGAAACCACUUUUUUAAACCUGGAAAACAGUUCAAGUAAGUUAGUUCGAUCAGACAAACUAAUUCAGGCAACUUCAAGUUCACCCAAAUUCAAUUAGCUAUAAAGAGAACACUCAAAACUGGUAUUUGAUGAAAUACAAUGAGUGACAUUUAACCUAUUCUAUUAAACCUUUUCCAUUUUACAGAAAGUAGGUUUUGGCUUGUUAAAUUACCAGCUGACCUGGUAGAGUUUGCUUCAUGCAUUCUAUAUCAUGUUUGCCUUAAGCUAAAACUAAGUAUGGUAGUUUCUAGACCAUUUUGGUUUGAUUGGUGCAAUGUGUGUGAUGUAUAGCCAUGUUGACAGUACGCUUAUUUCUUUUAAAGAUGAGUUUUUUGUUAUCACAGUACAUUGCCACAUUGUUCAUAGUUUUGCUUUUUUUUUUUUUUCUCCCGUGGGUGUAGUGUUAUGUAUAUAGUUUUCUUUUUAGAUGACAGUGUGAACAACCACUCCCAAACAUUUUUCUCUGCUCCAGGAAAUAUGUCCUUUUCAAAUUGUGAAGUCUUCUCUGCAGUAUCACUUAAAAAUCUCUGGAAGUCCAUUUUGUAAACCAUCCCAGUGUAAACCAUUUCUAUCUUUCUGAUUCUAAAAACAGCUUGAUUUAAAAAAAAAAACAAACCAAAAAGGCUCUGAGAAAUGUUAGUACCUUAUCCUUCUAUUUUUCUCCAUUUUUAUGCUGGAGAUAUUCUCUUGAACCUAGCAAUGAUGUAACCAAAGGAAGUGAAUAACGGAAAGUAGAAAGGUUUCCUCUCAAAAGAAAUUGCAAGCACCAAAACAAACAAACAAAAAAAAUAGACAAAGAAAAGAAAUAGAGAAAUGUAUGCUAAUUAGAAGAAGAGUGUGAAGGAUUGUUGCUCACAGCCAUUCACAAAUUUACAGACACACUUAGGACAGAUAAAUUCUUUAGCUACCAAAUAAAAAUGUACUGUACACACCCAAAUCAAAAAGAUAGCUGUAAUACCUGUGCUUUAUAGAACACUGUCCUAUGAACAAGAAGUUGGCCUUUUGUGUUUUCUUGUCUUCUACUUCAUGUGCAAUCUCCCUGCUACCACAAAGAUAUUACAGCUGAGGGAGCACAGCUGAAGAGCUAAGUGAUACAAAGGAAGAAAACUGCACCAUUCAAAACUCUUUUUAAUACAGAAGUCUGUAUCUGAUCUGGAAGUCUCUUAUCUCCUCGCUCCUGACUCAACAUUUGAUGUUAAGUCCUGGACUCAUGGCUCCACUGUUCUUCCUCAUCACUAUGUUAUCAUCUCUUUUUACUCUUUGAUGAUCAUUUUACAUCUUUAUCAUUGCUGCCUUCCAUUUCUGUCCACAGUGAGUUCAGCUCUGUUCCCUUGUCUCCUCCAAAUUCACUGGAAAGUCUGAAAACCUAUCAGCUUGUUGACCUUGUGUUACCUUUGCAUCCACCUGGCUCUUCCCCAUCUCUCACUUCAGAGUCAUCUUAACCCUACCUUGCCUAUAAACAGCAAAACAAAAACAUGUAAUUGCAGCAUGUCUUAAUUACUUUUAAUUUAUGCAGCACAACAAAUGCUAUGCAGAUGCAUUUACUGGAGUAUGGGCUUAUUAGGGAUACUGGAUUUGUAUUUUAAUGACUGUGCAUCAGCGUUGUCUGGGCCAUCUACCUAUGGGUUGACAUGUCUGCUCCUGCUAUAGUCAUACCUCACUGUGCCAUGAAGAGAAACUCCCCUCCACCCCUUUUCUUCUCCCAGUGACACCUGCACCAUUGUCAAACCAAGCUUUCUUUCAAGCGUUUCUUUGUUUUGUCCUAUGCUGUAUUUGUAUUAGUAUGUCACUCCAGACAACGUAAAUCCCUGUCCUCCCUUCCUUCAUAUGCCUAUUAAAACACAUUUGAGCUGCAUAGCCUGCCGGUGGUGUGGCAGAGCUAUCGUCAGCAAGGUAAGAACAUCAGCUACCAGGUGAAGCAGGAGUUGCUGCUUCCCUCCAUUUUCUUUCCCAGGAAAAGGAGUCGUGCUGAUCUGCAAUCUCCCAACAAGGUCUAUGGGAAAAAAAGGGAAGCUGCUAUCCCCUUCAAGCAACAAACUGUAACUAGGAGUAAAGAGACAAUCUAAGCAGCUCAUGAUAAAAACAGAAAGAACAAGAUUUCUCAGAUUUCAUUACUGAAGUAACAGGCCUGACCAACACCGCGCAGCAGCACUGCAUCUCUUCAUUCUCAAAUACGGGAAGACUGAAAAGCACAUCUUUAUCCCAGGAAGCAGGAUACCACAACUCAUUCUUCAGACAUGCUCAUUGAUAAGCACCUAUCUGAAGCAUUUGUUGUUGAACGUCACCACUCAAAUGACAUUAAGCUUGAGCAGGAAGCUCUGAAAAUCUAAAUUUUUGUAUCCUCCACUCCCACUGACAUUUAUUAAUGUUUUAAAGUGCUCCAAACCUCUCAGGAACUGUUUAUUCAGUUUGGAGCCGACUUUUCUCAGUGAUGAGUACCAGCUGGGUCAGAAGAAAGAAGAAAAUCUUUGCAUUUGAAGAUUGCUAGUAUAUUUUGUCAAUGUGAAGAACAACUUGAGUCUAUAGCCAUAUGGAUUCUUCUACUGUUAGGGGAGAAAAAAUCCGGAAGUUCCAACUAGCUAGGUUUAUGCCAUAGUUGUAUUUUCACCAUGGGAAAACAGUCCUUACUAUCCUCAAUUUCAAAGUGCAUGCAAGAGAAAGUGGAAAGUAAAGAAGGCUGCUAAGAAAAAAAAAAUAAUCCCCAGGAGUGAUUAAAAAUUUGCAAGAAGCUCGUUUGAACAAAAGUCAUGAAUCCCUCUCCUGCCUCUAGUCAUGCAGGAUGCCUAAGGAUUUGGACCGAACUGGUGGAAUUGAAUAUAACUAGGAAUUGAAAAUGCUCCCGGUUAAGGUCUUAUUGUCACUGAAAAUGAUCUCAGCUUCACCUUUCAAAUUCCAGUGGACGGUAACCUAAAGUGAAAUUGUUUGGCUGAAAUUGCUGGGACCUAAGGUACUCCAAGCUACUGGAAAGACAUCUUAUUAUUAAUGCUGCAUUAAUGAAGAGAUUGGACUUAGGGCAUGAUCCAGAGCCCAUUGUAGUCAAUGGGAGUCUUUUUCCAUUGACUUCAGCGGGGUUUGGAUCAGGCCUUUACUUCCUAAAAUGAAAAGACUCCCAGCAAAAGUCUGCUGUAAGCAAGCGGCACUCAUUUUCUGAAAUCUUAGAAGAUGCUGAAGACAGUAGUAUACUCAUACUUCGUUCAUGAGUAUGGCUCGCUGCUCAUGGGGAGUGACCAUUUUCAAAAUUUCUAUUUCUAUAUAAGGGAUCUAAAUACGCUAUACAAUUUGAAGGAAAUUAAAGGAUUUCUUUAAAAAAAACAAAUAGUAGCGGAUUAAAAAGUUUCUGUUUUGUUGUUGUUGUUAUUGUCACUGUUGUUUUUUCUGAAUAAUUUUAAAGAAUUUUCCUACAUUGAAGAGCAAGUAGAAAAAAUUUAAAUCCUCCCCUACCUCUUGAACACAUGCACUUUCCAAGGAAAAAGCUAUGUUUUAAGUCAUGUAAAAGUCUGAAAUCUGAAUACCUGAGAGCACAGGCUGAGCAAAAGCUUCAAGGCUUUUGGCUUCACAGUCUUGAUAAGUUAGGAAAGUCUGACUGACAUCUGCAGGACUGUCUCUGUGUCUGAGCUAGUUGUUUAAGAUUUCCUUUACAUGUAGUGCUUUUGUAGCAGAAAUCUGAUCAUGCUUGUGCAGUUGUUUAAAGUAGAUCUGAUGAACUACGUCCCAAAACUAUCUCUAUCUCUCCACUGAUUACGAAAGGAAUAAAUAUGAUAACUGAAAAUUUCAUGUAUACAUUUGAGCACAUGAUUUGCUUCAGCCUCCCUCCUCAGUUAAAACAGAGAACCUUAAAACCUUGUGAUCAGGCCCAACAAAAAGCUUGUAAUCAAGGCAGGAGGUUCAAGAGUGAAGUGGCUGAGAAAGCCUUUGGACUUCCAAUCUUGUCAGUUAACACAAGUUUUAGAGAAACUUUAUAAUCAAAGAAUAGGGAUCAUUAUUUCACCUGAUAAUUUAUUUUCUUAUUAAAAGUUACAUUUCUUACGAGGUGACUUGUGAUAGGUCAUAUCGCCCUUGACUGAUGCGACCUUGUUUGACCCCAUCUAUGCAGUAUGCAAAGUUGCAUACAUCAAAAAUUCUCUUUGAACACUGGAACGGUGCACUAUUAAGUUUUGCGAAAUUAUAUUCUGUGGGGCAGGUUGGCAUGACUGUAGUUUAUAAUGCAACCGAACUGUAAAUCUGUAUAUGUAAAUUGUAAAUACUGUCUUAAGGUUGACUUUCCACUACUGGUUUUUGAAGGUUGGUCUUAUAUUUUAGUUUCCUAAAAAAUGUUUCACUCUUUCUUUUAUUUGAUAUAGUCUCUUCACUUCAGUUUAUGAUUUUCUUAUUGCUAGUUCUUAAACUUAAUGCAAGAAUACCAAUUAAAACUGUUAAUAUAUUGGCUGCUGUAAUGAAUCUCUUUUCCGAACUUGUAAGAGAAUGUUGGUAGUAUGCCUCUUUGUAUCCUUGAAAAAAAUGCUAUGAUAACACUGCUGAAAAGUUUUGGAAUUUUUCCCUUUAUACCGUGUAAAUUAUUUCUGUCAUCUAUGUUAUUAAAUUUUAAUUCAGUAAAGCUGAGCUAACAAACUAUGAAGGGCACAGACUCUAAACCUUUCAACAGCUUUGGCAGGAAAAGUUAUGCAAGGAAAAUACAUCUGAAGGUAUGAAUGGGGAAUUGGAGGAUCAGCUGUUUGAGUGAGAGAUGUUAUAAAAGAAGGACUGUAUUUAGUAUUAAGGAUGAUAAUUUACAUCUUCACCUUGAAAAGUAAUAUGCAUAUGUUUUACAGAGUGUGAUAAUUCAGGUUGACCAAAUCACAAGAAUGUCAAUAAACUUCCUUUUCUGGUGCCUACCUAAAACAAAUAACCUUUCUUUUCUUCUUUGAGAUAACACAGAAAUAUGAAAUGCAAGAAUUCAUUCAAGUAUGCCGCUGUGGUGUAGCAAAUUGCAUACUGUCCCAGCUCAGACAGAGCUGUUCUGCAGAAACUUUACAUGUUAUCUCUAGAACAUUAAGUUAUCUACAGACAACCUAAGUGUUGCCACAGUCUUAUUUUUAAGAAUCUUUUAAGUGAUGUUGGCUAUGUAGCUAUCUAUGAAACUGUCACUGGUCAAAUAAAUCAGGACUAUCUUAUUGCUGGUUUCUCAUAUCAAGGUAAUAUAUGUGUAUUAGCUAAGAAGAGGUGAAAUGGCUGAACUUUGGAAAACCAUCCUGAUGCACAAGUGGACAAAGGAAACUAACCAAACAGUAUGUGGAAUUGUAUAUCUACUAUCUGUAUAGGUUUGUUUUCUCAUUAAGGUUUAUUUAGGACAAUGACUCAAAAGUAUACAGAAAAAUAAUCCAUCCUCUCAUAUAUAAAAAGAGAACAAAUGGGUACUUAUAUGAAAAUUAAUUACUUAAAUAGCUGUUACUCACUGGGAUACUGAAUGAAGCAUUGUUAUUGGCAAACAGUAUUGAUUUCUUCAUACUGCAUGUAAUGAUUAAAAUAAGGCUAUAAAAUAAUCUAUUAAUGUAGAGAGACAUUUUUAAGAGUACUAGAGAGUGAUAAUGUUGAUUUUGUACAGAAGCAAUGCAUGUUAAAAGAGAAAACACAUCAAAGCCUAUUAACCUAGUGAGUUUACACCCAAAAAGUGGAACAACCAGUUUGAGGCACAGUUGAUGAUGUCAAAUAGAUUUAUGUCAUUGGAAAUUAAUUCCUGUUGUGGUUUAGGCUGGGCUGGACACUACAUGAACAACAGAUGUUCUCUUUAAACUCUUUCCCUUACCAAAGAAUAAGGGAGAGAGACUUAUAGAUUGAAAAGAAACUAAACUACUUUAAUGAAAUAUUAUGAAAUGAAAACUGUUGACAAUAAAAGUAAAAUGAUAAUAAGAAUUAAUAAGAAAACAAUGAAAUACAUACAAUUAAAAUAUAUGCAAAAUCAGUAUUGAGCUCCCAGGAUGACGAUCACAUCAUCGACAGGCACUGGGAAAGUCUCAGACUGGACUCAGCAACAGAUGGGAACUGGAUUCAAGAACUGGAUUUAGGAAUGCACAGAACAGGAUGAAAGGCAAAUGGACAGAGAAAGUCCUCUUUGGAUACCCGUCAUUGAAGAAAAGAAAGCUAACCCCUUUGAACCCAUACUGAGCAUGAUGCAGACAGGGUGGAACACCUCGUUGGUCAGUUUUGGGUCACCUGUCCUAUCUGCUGCUCCCCAGAGGUGUAACCCCUUUACACUCUUCCAUCUCCAACCCUCCAAAGUGGCACAUAUCAAAGGUAGCUGACCUUGGUUGUUAUACCCAUAAUUAUAAGCAAGAGCCUCUCUCGUACCAUUACUGGGUAUUAACUACAAACAACAGCCCUUAUGUCUGUUAGGAGUGGAUACUGUCUGAACAAUAUGCCAUUAAUUUCAGAGAGUGCAGUUAGUUAGAAAGGUCUUCACUGGAAAGUAAAAUUAUUGCAAAGAAAAAUGGUUCUGUUUUGUCUCAGGCCAGGACAGUUUCAUUGUUCAGAGGUGAUAUAUCCCAAAGUACUAGGAUGUAGGGAAUCCUGAGUCUUGAGAACUUGAAAGAGAGUGUCAGUUGCCACAUUCACCUAUGCAAGGAAAAAUACCAUUCCUUAACUGAGCUGUGGAAAUGUGCUAUACACACAGAGAGAGACAGACCCCCAGACACCAUCUUCACACACAGUUGAUGCAUUUGCUAUUCACUGUUUUGACAAUGACCAUGAGCCAGCACUGUGUCCUUGUGGCCAAGAAGGCCAAUGGCAUCUUGGGGUGCAUCAGGAAGAGUGUGACCAGCAAGUCAAGGGAGGUUAUCCUGCCCCUCUACUCUGAGCUAGUGAGGCCCCAUCUGGAGUACUGUCUCCAGUUCUGGGUUCCCCAGUUAGGGACAGAGGACUGCCAGAGAGGGUACAGCAGAGGGCCACAAAGAUGAUUAGGGGCCUGGAGCAUCUCUCUUAUGAGGAAACGCUGAGGGACUUAGGUCUUUUUAGUCUGCAGAAGAGAAGGCUGAGGGUGGAUCUGAUCAAAUAGGCAACCUGCAUUGUUGGCUGUGUUAAAUCUUUCCCAUGCAAGCUGAUCAGAACUACUGUGGAUUAACUAUCACCUCUUUAUUUUGACAGACACACAGACCUGGAUGUUUCAACAGUUUCACCGUGCAUAAAAACUGCAUCUUUUGCAUGGAGCCUCUCCUAUUACUCCUCUAACUAUUGAAACUCUCAAAAGGAAAUAUCUUAAUAUUACUUUCUUCCAUAUCCUUAAGAAAUAGUUAUCACAAAUAAAUUCCGGAGCUGAAGUUCUAUUCUGAUGUGAACUAUUACAACUGCCAAAUGAAAUUGAAAACUAUAAAUGUCACAUGAAUAUGAUGUUGAAGAAGAAAACUACUGCAACUAUUAAUUUAAAUUUCAAAUUAUCUGUUAUCAGUGUUCUACUAUCACUAAAUCUCCCAGGCUAGCACUGAAGGUGUGAUGUUUUAAGUUUUUUUUAAUAGAGAAUAAUCUGACUAUAUAUUCCCUAGUGUAUAUUAGCUUGUAAACAAGAUGAUGAAGGGUAGUUUAGGUCUAGACUGACAAACUAGAAUUUUUUAAUUUCAGUCUCUGUAGUAUUAGAGUCUUAAACCCUGAACUUUUCAGAGCCAAAGAAGAGAGAGGUUUUAGAUAAACUACUUAAUUUUGAAUCCACUUCUACAUACCACACACUGAAAAUACAGAACAUCAUUUUGUAAGGAGACCUGACAGGGGAGCUAUCAAACUUACCUUUUGCUUUAUGUCUUUCAUAAUCUUACCAGGUUUCAACAAAGCUCCUUCAUUUUGUCGGGUACUCAUCUGUUGGUGUGUGUUCUUCUUAAAUGUCCUUCUUGUGGUUUAUGGAACUCUCUGUUCCAGACUUCUUAUUUAUUUCUUUUCCAGAAGUGACCCAGAGGAAAAAUAGCAAGAUGGAUCUGAUUUUGCAUACUAAUUGUCAGAGCUCUAAUAUAUAAGCAUAGGUGUUUCUAUUAUUGUACCACAUAAAAUGCAUCCUUUUGAUAUAUUGAAAAUAUUUUACUCUUUCAUGAUACCAGAUGGCUUCUAAUUACUAAGACCGUUGCCUGGAAGACUGUUUUUAGUCACUGACAAACUCACAUCCUAUUUGCAUUUAGAUGGCUCUCAGACGUACCUAAUAGGUUCACAAUGUGCUGUCAGUAGGGACACAAUUGUACACUCCAGCGCUAUAGAGUAGCUACACUGAAGUAGCUACUAGCCUGCUGCCUGUCUAGAAAAUCAACAUUUUUGCUUGGAGUAAAUAUCUGUGGCUCCAGAAAGGUGACUAGCUGUCUGUUACUUCAUUCUUCAAAACACUUGAUAAACCUUGAUAAGCAAAUCUCUGUGUUCAGCACAAAACAUCAUUCUAACAACCUCUUACAUCUCUUUCAUUAUAAUUUUCCCAGGACUAAUACAGUCUUCUCUGAUGAAGUGAAUGAAUUCCAAGUACUACAAAUAGUGUGCAUAAAAACCUUCCUUCUACCUAGAGUGAAGAAAACAAUUUUGUUUACGCAAAGCUUUCAUCACAGCACUGCCAAUGCAGUGUUUUUGCAUUUCAUCUAAAAUUGACCUAACUUCAGUUCAAAAAUAAAUUCUAUUCAGUGCAGAUUAUAGAAUAGAUUGUACAAAACUGCACUUUGCUUCAAAAUCAACAACUUUGAUUUUGAAUCCUGUGCUGGUAAAAAUGUGUUUGGAAAACACAUCUAACAUAAAAGAUACAGAUAUUUAAAAAUUAACACAGCAGUUGUGUUAUCCUCAGACUUGUACACUGGCAAUCACUGACAUAGAGAAACUUUUCACUGGGUAUUGUUUGAAAGAGUUUGCUUCUGAACUUAUCUAUUCAAUGAUCAACUGGUCAGAGAGAACUGUUUUCUGACAUCUACAAUUUAAUGAAGGUGAUAGGGUGUCUAUGAAGUGAUAAUCUGGCUCUAUCUCCAUGAUAUUCAUUCAAAGGCAUUCAUAAUUUUUUCCAUAUACAGCACUGUCAUUUUUUACAAAUUUACCAUAAGAUUUUUUAAAAGUAUUUAAUUUUAUGAUUAGAAUUCAUGAAGAUGAGAAAAUACUAACUCCUGAUAGUUCUAUUAUCCCAGCUAAUGGCAUGUAUUAAUUUCUGCAACCUCUUUCCUUCUAAUUUCUGUUUCAAUUAUAACCCUAUCUCUCUAUAUUGACACAGCAGCUUUAAAUAUUGUUGCUGUUGAGCAACGGCCGUGUCAGCUAACUGCAGUGUCAAAGACUACCAUCAUCUUGAACCUAACAGAAAGACAUGUCUUAUGGUCAGUUUUUGGGAAGUGUCAGAUGAGCAUGUACUGAUGUUAAAAUAAUUGUAAAAUGGGCAGUUCAUUGUUUGUACUUAAUGUAUUAUUACUCUAUGUGCUUUUUGUAGUUUGGGGCUUUAGCCCACAAAAAGAGGGGCUUUUCUGAGACAAAAUCUCAGUCCUGCUGAAGCCAAUGAGCUCAACGGGCCAGAUUUCACCUCUGAUGUUUACAUUUGCUAUCGAUCAAGGUAAAAGUUAGUGAUACUCUUCUGCAUUGCUCUGUUUGUUUGUUUUGGGGGGGAUGGAAUCAGCCAGAUAUGAAUGCGGAGAGUCCGGACAGAAUUGUUUUAAUGAGUGAAUGAGUAUGAAUCAUAUUCCGGAUCAGGAAAAACAGCUGCUAGAAUUUCUACCACAUACAGCUUUAAAAGACCUACAUACUUUGCUGAGGCACAUUAUUAUUGUAUAACUGGUCGCAGUAGUCCUAUAGAUGGCAGUUCACACAGCAAACGAUGGAAGCCUGCUAACAGCUGACAACAACAGGAAUUUUUUUCUCUGACUCCAAUAUGAUUCUGGAAUGAAAUGCUGACCCUAUCUAUAGUUUAUCUAUAUCUUGUUUUGCUAGGUUCCCCUUGCAGUCAGUGGAAAGACAUAACUGUCUCUAGAGAGUGAUUCAUUCCAUCUUAAAGCAAGUGUGAAGUACGUGGAUGGUGAUUCACCUGAAUUAUUGCCUUCCAUCACUUGGAGAGGAAUGAAAAACAUGACCAAUAUAGGCAAGCCAAAUAUCCAAAUCUCUAAUGAAUCUUCUAAAUGGGAUCUUCAAAUUAUCAUGUUGAAAUCUUGACAUGAGUGAAUAUAACUGGCAAAAAUAAGUUUAAAAUUAGUUUCAAGACCCACAGUCAAAUUGUCCUCAAGAGCAGGAGAGCAGGAUGAAAACAGUUUUCCUUCCUAAGUCUUGUCUUCUAUAUAAGGUGCUUCCUACAGUGUAGGCUAUUUUCUCUUCCAGUAGCAUUUUUAAAGCCAUCUGUAUAAACAGGAACCACCAAGUGCAAAACUCCAUUGGUGUCUGCCAGCCAAACUGUUGUUGCAGUAUAGGCAUAUGCUCUGUAUUGCUGGAAGGAACAUAAAGGCAGGCGUGCUCCCUUCCUGCUGUCGGGGAAGCAAACAGACCUAAGAAUCUACAUAAAAACAUUGUUUACCCAACACAUUGGUACAACUCGCUUGGUUCUAAUAAAAGCUAAUUUUCAAAUCA